AUGACUCAGUGCAUAGGACCUAAUGGAUAUAUGGAGCCAUACUGCUCAACUACAUGCAUGAACACACACAAACCAAAAUAUGCAAAAUCACAAAGUAUGGGAAUUGUUUGCCACUUUUGUAAAAGAAACUCUUUACCUCAAUAUCAAGCCACAAUGCCUGAUGGAAAACUGUACAACUUUUGCAGUUCCAGUUGUGUAGCUAAAUUUCAGACUCUCAGCGUGCAGUCUUCAACAAAUGGUCAGUUUGUCUCUCCCAGUGAUAUUCAGUUGAAAUGUAAUUAUUGCAAAAGUUCCUUUUGUUCAAAACCAGAAGUACUGGAAUGGGAGAACAAAGUGUAUCAGUUCUGCAGCAGAGCAUGUUCUGAUGAUUAUAAGAAACUGCACUGCAUAGUUACAUACUGUGAAUACUGUCAAGAAGAGAAAACAUUACAUGAGACGGUGAAUUUCUCUGGCAUCAAAAGACCCUUUUGUAGUGAAGGCUGCAAGCUGCUAUAUAAACAAGACUUUGCAAGACGGUUAGGACUGAGAUGUGUUACUUGUAAUUACUGCUCACAGCUGUGCAAAAAGGGAGCAACUAAGGAACUUGAUGGUGUAGUGAGAGAUUUCUGCAGUGAAGAGUGCUGUAAAAAAUUUCAGGACUGGUACUACAAGGCUGCACGAUGUGACUGUUGUAAGUCUCAAGGAACUCUCAAGGAGAAGGUGCAGUGGCGUGGUGAAAUGAAACACUUCUGUGACCAGCACUGUUUGCUCCGUUUCUACUGUCAACAAAACGAACCAAAUCUGGCAACACAAAAAGGACCUGAGAACUUACACUACGAUCAGGGCUGCCAAACCCCCCGAACAAAAAUAUCAGGCUCAGCACCACCACCUUCUCCAACACCUAACAGAGAGAUGAAGAACAAGGCAGUUCUUUGCAAGCCUUUGACAAUGACGAAAGCCACGUACUGUAAACCUCAUAUGCAGACAAAAUCUUGUCAGACAGAUGAUUGGAAAAAAGAGUAUGUCCCAGUGCCUAUUCCUGUACCUGUCUAUGUUCCUGUGCCUAUGAACAUGUACAGUCAAAAUGUUCCUGUUCCUACAGCAGUUCCUGUUCCUGUGCCAGUUCCAGUUUUCUUGCCCACUACUCUGGAUAGCAGUGAGAAAAUCCUUGCAGCAAUAGAAGAAAUGAGGGCGAAAGUACCUUCAAAUCCUCUGGAAAAUGAGCUACUGAACUUUUCAGGGAUGGUACCUGAACAUGACGGAAAAGCUGAAGCUUCUGACGUGACGAAUGUGAUAGUUGAGUCAAAUCUACAAAACUCAGAAACAGAGGCACAGACAAGCUUGCCUGAUGUUCCAUAUGAACCAGACCUUGAUAUUGAAAUAGACUUCCCAAGAGCAACUGAGGAGCUUGAUACAGAAAAUGAGUUUUUGUUACCUCCUGUAUUUGGAGAAGAAUAUGAGGAACAGCCAAGGCCUCGGCCCAAAAAGAAGGGGGUGAAGAGGAAAGCUGUGUCUGAAUAUCAGUCUCACGAUGACAGCUCUGAAAACUCAGAGUGCAGUUUUCCCUUCAAAUACGCAUACGGUGUAAACGCCUGGAAGCACUGGGUAAAGUCGCGCUACUUAGAUGAAGAGCUUCCAGAAUUAGAGGAACUAAAAUCAACUCCUACCUGCGUCUUGGCACCCUUGCCUUAUGCUGUUGAACCUUUGGAAACUGGUGUUUCCCCUGAAGGUCUCCCUCUACAGCACUGUCUUUACUUCAGCAUCGUUGGCCACUCCUGUGCCACCCCCAAUGGUGCAUG